AUGACUUUGAAGCGCUGGGCACUGGCAAUGGAGGAGUACAAUCGCCAUCUCAUCAAGAAAACGGGCCAGUCAGUCAUCCAGAAGAACCCGCAGGCCCUCCUGCAUGCACUGGGUGACAUUGAGCCCAAACUGAUGAACUGCAUCAUCAAAGAUGAGUAUACCUCAAAGAGGAACAAUGAGACAUUUUGGUGCCAUCAUUGGCCUGUCAUGCCCCUCAUCAAGGAAGAGUGA